AGCCCCACUCAAAGCGAGAGAACCACACGCACGGAGCGGGGAUGGCGAGGCUUUCAGCGCUGCACCUCCGCGCGCUGCUCGUGGGGCUCUUCCUCACCGGGUCCGUGACACUCCGCGCGAGCAAAGGGGCGACGUCGCCCGACGAGGACAGGGACAAAGAGGGCGACACGGAGACCCCGUGCGAGGUGAAAACCGUCACCGUGUCUACGCUGCCCGUGCUCCGGGAGAACGAGUUCAGCUUCACCGGCGGAGCCGCGGGGAACGUGGCCGGCGGAGGGAGCGCUGCUGGAGCGGGUGGUGCUGCCGCUGGUGGCGGAGGAGGUACCGGAGGAGGAACUGGUGGAGGAGGAGGAGGAGGAGCGGGAGCAGGAGGAGGGGGAGAAUCCCGACUCCUGCUGUUUAUUAGAACAGACCUACCUGGGCGAAUUUCUGUAAUGGAUGAUCUUGACAACACAGCUCUUCCCUACUUCACACUCGAGAUGUCUGGUACAGGAGAAGAUAUUUCUCAGGUACACUGGAAGCAGCAGUGGUUGGAAAAUGGGACUCUGUACUUCCACGUCUCCAUGACUGAAUCAGAACUCAUUCUGCAGACAACCCAACCCACGGCCCGGGAGCCUGCUCAUGUGUUGCAUGAACACAUGCAUUUGCUGCACAUUUCUGUGAUGGGAGGUCUUAUUGCUCUCCUCCUCCUGAUUCUACUCUUCACCCUUGUCCUGUAUACCCGCCACCGUUGGUGCAAGCGUCGCCGGAUUCCUCAGAAGAGCGCCAGCACCGAGGCCACCCAUGAGAUUCACUAUAUCCCUUCAGUCCUGCUUGGUCCACAAGGCCGUGACAGCUACCGUGGCUCCCGAGGCACUCACCAACAUGGCAGCUCUGUUAUUGGAAUGCCCAUUCGCGAGACCCCCAUUCUUGAUGACUACGACUGUGAUGAAGACGACGGAGGCGGGCACUCACUCAACUCCACACCCAAUCAGCUCCAUAAUAGAAUCAACGAUGGGAAGGUCCUUGAUGACUAUGGCGUUAAUGUUGGCAUUGGAGGACACACAGAYAUAAUGUUCAAGGAAGAUGAUAUUAAGCAUAAUUUCGAAAAGCAAGCUAUUGAAGCGAACACUGAGUCAGUCGAGGAUUUGAUGCAGAGGUUCCAGGACAGCUUCCGUGUUCCCAACACGCCAACAAACAUGUCUCACUACCAGCACGCCGUGCACAGCUCAUCUACAGGCCGUCGGAGGGUCUCCAGCCACAUCAGAGCAACUGGAGGCAUGUAUGGUCCCCAAGGGGAAUCCGGUUCAGAGCCUGAAGAUGACAAUCAAAUGAAGUUUCACACAGAGCAGAACAGAGGUCGACGGCGCAGCAAAGGCCACUCACAAAGUCCUCUAAAUAAGGUCACCCUAACACUGAUUACCAUCAGCACAUGUGUCAUUGCCAUUGUCUACGCUACGCAGGAUUCCUGUCCCCUUACCGUCAAGGUUACUCUCCAUGUGCCAGAGCAUUUUGUUGCAGACGGAAGUAGCUUUGUGGUGAGCAUGGGCAGCUUCCUGGAUGUAUCAAAUUGGUUAAAUCCAGCCAAGCUAACUCUCUACUAUCAGAGCAAUUCAUCAGCACAAUGGGUGCGAGAUCACUGUGGCCAGAGGACCACUGAGCCCUGCGAACAGAUUUGUGACCAGGACACAGGAGAAUGCAGCUGUCAUGAGGGUUAUUCACCCGAUCCUGUUCAUAAACACCUUUGUGUUCGCAGUGACUGGGGUCGCAACGAAGGUCCUUGGCCAUAUGCAAACCUGGAGAAAGGAUAUGACCUUGUGACUGGACAGCAGGCCCCAGAGAGAAUCUUCAGAUCGUUCUACAGUCUGGGCCAAGGUCUGUGGCUGCCAGUCAGCAAAAGCUUUGUAGUGCCACCAGUGGAGCUGUCAAUCAACCCCAUCGCCAGCUGCAAGACAGACGUGCUGGUCACUGAAGAUCCAGGAGAGGUCAGGGAAGAGGCCUUGAUGUCGACGUACUUUGAGACUGUGCAAGACCUGCUUGCRUCUUUUGGGCCUGUUCGUGAUUGUUCCAAAGACAACGGUGGCUGCAAGAAAAAUUUCAAAUGUGUGUCAGAUCGACAGUUGGACUCAUUUGGCUGCAUGUGUCCUGAGGGGCUGAGGCCAAUGAAGGAUGGCUCGGGUUGCUAUGACUACUCCAGAGGCAUCGACUGCACGGAUGGCUUCAAUGGCGGCUGCGAGCAGCUGUGUCUCCAGCAGCUCGUACCUGUCGAAGACGACCCCAGUUCCAGCAACGUGCUCAUGUUUUGUGGGUGCGUGCAGGAAUACAAGCUGGCGGGAGAYGGGCGGUCCUGCCUCCUGCAGUCUGAAAACUGUGAGGGACCAAAAUGCCCCAGGCAGGAUGCCCGCUUUAAUGACACACUGUUUGGUGAGAUGCUGCAUGGAUACAACAACAAAACACAGCAAGUCAACUUGGGACAGAUAUUCCAAAUGACAUUCCGGGAUAACAACUUCAUUAAGGACUUUCCUCAGCUAGCUGACGGUCUCAUGGUCAUCCCUUUACCAGUGGAGGAACAGUGUCGAGGGAUCUUGUCAGAACCAUUACCCAACCUGCAGCUCCUAUCAGGUGAUGCCCAGUUCAGUGAAGCAGUAGGCUACCCCAUGGUCCAACAGUGGAGAGUUCGCAGCAAUCUGUACAAAGUUAAACUCAGCUCUAUCACCUUAUCCACAGACUUCUCUAAGGUGCUGAAAACGCUGUCAGGAGAGAGCACCCGUGAGGAGCUCCUGGCUUUUCUCCAGGAAUACGGCAGCCAUUAUGUGUCUGAGGCUCUGUAUGGCUCAGAGCUCAGCUGCAGCAUCUACUUCCCCAGCAAGAAGGCCCAGCAGCAGCUCUGGCUGCAGUACCAGAAAGAGGCGACUGAACAGGGAGUUGGUGUCGGAGGGCGACGGGAGCUAAAGUCAGUUCCUUUCAUCAGCUACUUGUUGGCUCUGCAGAAAAGCCAGCUGUUAGCCGACGACAUCGUGAACGGAGUGGAGAUCCGCUGCAAGGAAAACGGAAGCUGUCCUUCUGGCUGCCACCUGUGCCAUCACCAGAGCACGGCGGGAGGAGGGGCGGGCAGAGGCCGCAGCGGUAACAACCGGAGCGGAGAGCAGCCCUCCCCCAUCCCCGCCCUGCUUGAAGUCAGCCGGGUCGUGCCCCUUUACAACCUGAUCCAAGACAACGUCACCAAAGAGGCCUUCAAGAGCGCCACAAUGAGCUCAUACUGGUGUGCCGGAAAGGGCGAUGUCAUUGAUAACUGGUGUCGCUGUGACCUGAGUGCCUUCAGCAAAGAUGGUCUGCCCAACUGCAGUCCCCUCAAGCAGCCAAUUUUGCGGCUUGCCCCUUACCUGGAGCCCUCGAGCACAACAGUGGCCCUGGAGUGGAUGGAUGUGGAGCCUCUAAUUGGCUGCAAAGUUUCUGACUACAUCAUCCAGCACAAACGAGUUGAAGAUCCUGCAGAGGCAGAAAUCUACACAGGUAAUGAAGGUUCGGAAUUGAAGGGAACAUAUUAUCCUAUGCUAAUGGUGGAGAAACAAGCUGAUGAUGUUACUGGAAAACAGCCCAUUUCUGAGAGUUUUGAAUGUGCCUUAGCCGUUUAUUCGCCAACAGCGGUGGCCCUGCUGCUUACUAGCCUGUUUACUCUCAAUGCAGUGGAUAACCGAGGCAGUCCAACUGAGUCCAGUUUUGUCUCUGUGCGUACUUCCUGUCCAGUGGUGGAUGACAGUCGUGCUGAAGAAAUAGCAGACAGGGUGUAUAACCUGUACAAUGGCUACACCAGUGGAAAGGAACAGCAGAUGGCCUACAAUAUGCUGAUGGAAAUUCCUCCUCCAAUGCUUUACAGAGUCCAGCACCACUACAACUCUCACUAUGAGAAGUUUGGGGAUUUUGUGUGGCGCAGUGAGGAUGAACUGGGCCCCAGAAAAGCCAGUUUGAUACUUCGAAGGGUGGAGGCGAUCAGCCUGUACUGCCGGUCCCUCCUAAGCAGCACCCAUAUCCAAAGCCGUACAGACACCAUGGCAUAUAUCUACUGCCGGAGCGAAGAGGGGCGCCCUCUCAGCAACACGUGGCACAACUCUUUACAUGACAGCCGCACCUCAUGCAUGGAUAAGCUCAUUUCUGUGCAGCGUAACACGUACAGCAACACCAAACUUCGGUGAGAGAGGAAGUCAUCUAAGCAGUGCUUUUCAUUUAGUUAUUUAUUUUUAAAUUUUAUUUCAGCAAAAUGAAAUUACUGAUUGACUGAACCUCUUUAGUGCACUCUGCAGCAAGUGUCUCUUGUGGGACUGGUGCAUUUUAAAAACCAGGAGAGACAUGAAGAGAAAUCCUAAAAAGUCACUGGACAUUGUGUUGAAGCUACCAAGAAACUUGUUUUUGCGUAGCCAACCUUUAUAGUAAAAGGAACAUGAAACUCUCUGGAGCAGACCUUGUUCUCUCUACCAAAUGCCAGUGAUGUGCAUAUCAACGAGAUACUGCAGUGUAACCAUGUAAAAAAUGUAAUUCAGUUUUAAAAAAAAGGUUGUCUUAAAUAACUUGAAUGUAAUAAUGUAGUUCAUUUCUGGUGCUUACAAUGAAUACUGAAAAGAAGAAUCUAAAACGGGAAGUAUUAUUUGCCUUUGCUACUUUUAUUAGAAUGGAGAAACAGUUGUGUCCAAGCCAUUUCAGAAAUCACUGACUUGUUUUCAAAUUUACGUUAAUUUUGAAAUAUUAAGCUUUGCAUCAGCAAUUAAAAAACAAUAAGUGUUAAAGCAUGUAGUGUGACAAGUAUUUUCAGUUUAAACGGCAAGUCUAUGUAUGGUAGCAGGAUUGAAAAGUGGGAUGACUGGGAAAAUGAUGUAGAGACAGAAAACAUGCUGAACUUAGACAUCACAUUCUCUUAUUUUCAUUAAGCUUUUAUUUAAAAACAAACUUAUUAGAAUAAUUUCUAUCUGCUUUUUCAUUUCUAACAUACCUAAAACAAACUUUACAACACAAUGACUACACAAUGGAUGUUUUUUUUCACUUACAAUGCCAAAUUCAUUGAUUUGCUUGCAAUCUAACUAAAAAGUGUUAGUCAUCAUUAAAUGGGAUCUUUUAAAUGGAUAUAAAAUUAGAGUUUUCAAAUUGAUUCCAUAUUAGAUUUAAACACUAAAUUUGCUUAUUUAAAUUCAAAAGAUGAUUUUUUUUCUCCUAUUUUCUAAACUCUAACAGCAUAUUUAAAACAAUAACAGGCGGCUUGAAGAGUUCUUUUUAGUCUAAUCCUACAGAUGAAAUACUUCAUGAAAUGAAAAGUUGGUGAUUGCAGAAAUGUUUAUUUUCUUUUUGUUUGUCAGUCAUCUGACGUGUAUUCAAAGCCAUGGAUAUUCUUAUAAUGUAAGCAAAUAUUGCCUUUUUUCAAAUAGGUUAAAUUUAUGCUAUAAAUUGUAAUAAUAAAUUAUUAUAUUGUAAAUUUUUAAUUGUAAAUACAAAUCUGUGUUACCAUCUGCUUUU